AACCAAGUAAAAUGUUUUGAAUCCAUGCAUUGGCAUUUUCAUAAAAUUAUGGAUUGUCAUUAUAUUCUUUUACAAAUUCUCUUUAUAUAUGUUUCAACAAACUCACUUUUCGUAAACAGUUCCAAAUUAAACGUGCCAAGAGUUCUAAUACCGGUUUUCAAUGAUGUAUCAACAAAAUUUCUUUUGGAAGCCACAGAGGGUGGUUGUUAUAAAUGGACAACCACAAGAUCUGACAUAGUUCAACUAACUAUGGUCAAUGAAAACCUGCAAUCCCAGUGUUCGUCUCAAGUUAUUGUCAGUACUGUCACAAAAGAAGCAUCAAGAAAUAUAGCAGUAGUAUUAGCUGAAGAAGUAUUUACUAAGCAAGCCUUAAGAUGUGAUGUCAUUGUUGAUGUUAUUCAUUCAUUAUCUAUUACAACGACUACCAGAGAAUUAUUUAUGGAAGAAGCACCUGAAGAUUUUGAAGUAAAAGCAUUUGAUGACCAAGGAAAUGAGUUUUCCACCCUUGAGGGUAUUGAAAUUGAAUGGAAUAUUGUCACAUCUGGACCUAAAAAAAAUUCAGUUCUCCGUUACAUUAAAUUUGAAGAUUCACCCUAUGAAACACCACCGUCAAUUGCAGACUUAGAAAAUCAAAAUAAAAAGGGUUAUCGUAUUUUACUCGAAGGAGUUAAUAGUGGAGUUGCUAAAGUUAUUGCUAGACUACCACAGGAGGAAUACAAGGAAGUAAAUCAGUGUGAAGUUCAAUUAAUGGUGGUAGCAAAUCUUUUAAUUACUCCUGCUGAGGCUUAUGUUAUACCUGGAGAUGUUGUACCUUUUAAAAUUUAUACACUUAAUAAUGGAAGAAUGGAUGAAAUUACCUUACCUGAUUCACAAUAUAGUUUGCAACCUGAAAAUACUAAUAUUGCCAGUCCAGUUAAGGGAUCAAGAAAAAUCACUGCCUUAAAGGAGGGAAAAACAAGAAUUUUACUCAGGGAUAAAAAUGUUGCUGAUCCAGCUUUAAAAUUGCCUGGUGCCACUUUAUAUGUAGCCAACCCAGAUUAUUUAAAUAUCAACGUAUUACCUCAUAAGAACUUGGCUAUUCUAGUUGGAGAUCAUCAUGAUGUUCAAAUUGAAGUCUAUUCCAAGAAUCACCACAGACUAACGCUUGGAGAAAACGUCCAAAUAGAAACAGAAGUUUCCCCUGAAUUUUUUAUUAACAAGAGGUCAAAGAAUGGUACAUGGUUAUCAGGUCAUGGAGUGAAACCAAGUGUAGUGAAGGUUCAUGCAGAACUGACUAGCAUUGUUAAUCCAAAUUUGGGAAAAUUUAGGUUUGAAAAACCUAUAAUUGCGGAUGUAGAUAUUGUGGUUUAUCCUAGAAUAAGCAUAACACCAUCUGAAAUUAUUCUGCCAUGGGAUCCAACAGUUAGACCAAAAUAUGAUAUAGACCUGAUUGUUAAAGGCGGUGAUGGUAGGUUUAUAUGGACAAGUAGUGAUCAUCAAAUUGGAGUUGUCAGUCAAAAUGGACAUGUAAAGACACAUUCAAAUGGCUUCUUUGAAGUGUCUGCGGCAAUGUUGCGUAACCAUCAUAAUAGAGAGACUGCCAAAUUUAUGAUACUUCCACCAUCCAAACUGGAAAUCGUCGAGUUCGUUAUGGAAUCUGAAUUGGGAUCACCAAUUUAUUUGCAUGUAGCUUUGUAUGCAGAAAAAAUUGAUAAAGAAGGUCAGGCUAUACAAAUUCCAUAUACCCACUGCCAAGAUCUUCCAUUCCAAAUUCGACAAUCGGAUCCGAAAUUUAAACAUAACAGAACUGAUAUUCUGCCUCCUGUUGGUAUUUCUUGUGGUAAUAUCGCAAUGGUAGGAUUAAAUGUUGGUACAAGCAAAGUUACAGUAACUUAUUAUCAAGACGGUCGGGCUUUGGAAGAUUCUGUUACCUUAAGUGCCUAUAAACCUCUGUCUUUAGUAGAGCCUAAAACAGAAAUUGUCUUAGCUGUGGGCACAUCCAUUAACCUUGUUUUUACUGGUGGACCAAGACCAAUCAUAGGUCGACUCAGUGAACAUGAAAGGGUGGUUGUAAGUGAGAACGAUAAAAUCGCAACCGCUUAUGAUUUGACAGAUUUAAACACAUUACCUGGUGAAGAAAUUUCUGUAGUUCGUGUUAUUUGUCAUCAACUUGGAGAAACUGAUAUUAAGUUAAUUGUAUCAAACAAGCCAACCACUGCAAACUGCAAAGCACAGUCUGCUAGCGCAACGGCUCGUAUAUCUUGUGGAAAACCUUCAAAACUUGUUCUACAACCAAAUUUCCAAACUGCCGCCAAUUGUCCGAUGGACAUGAGUUCCGGAAAUGUUGUAAUUCCUACUUUUAAAGAGAUGGACUUUGAUAUAUUAGUUUACAAUGAUUGUGGACAUCGAUUUUUAAACAUAUCCUCACUUCUGUUUACAUGGGCCUUAACACCCUCUAAAGCAGGAAAAUUUGCCAGUAAAGACGGUUCAUUCCCUAACGAUUUUAUGUAUGAAAACAUACCUAUUUCUGAUAAGGCUUAUCAAACUCUAUUCCUUCAAUCAGAGUUUAAGCAAUUGUCCAUAAAUACAUCAUUGAUUGGAUACAAUAAGAAAGUACUCAAACGCCUGAAUAUCAUUCCUGAAAAUCCACCAUUUAAAGAUCCUGGAGACAAGGAGCAGUAUAUAAUUGAUGCUUCUCUAUCAUUAUACUUGGUGGAUCCAGCCAUAAUAGAACCAUAUAUUGCAUUGUAUAAUCACCCUGGUAACAGAAAGAGGAUUCCUGUAACACAAGGAUCUGGAUUUUUUGAAAUUAGCUUGAGCAACAAGGAUCUGGCCAACGUAAAAUAUAUUGAAGCAACAAAAGAAAUAGAAAUAAUGCCGAAACGCUCUGGUGAAUUAAUAAUUAAUCUGAACGACUUGUGCCUCGUUACCAAACCAGCCAUGAUGAUGGUAAAUGUAGUCUCUGUAGGACUAAUAAGGGUGGAGAUGAUUGAUAAAGUAGAAACUGGUAAAUGUAUCAAAUGCGUUGUUAGAUUAUUUGAUGAAAACGACAAUCUAAUGGAUUUGCCUGACAAGAACAUGAUUGGAAUUACACCCAUACUUGAAGCAAAAAUAGCCAAUGUUGCUGAAGACGUUGAAGAUCCAAAGAAUCCUUGGGGUGUAGGUGAAGUCCACUUCUUAAUAUCUGGCGUCAACGUCGGUGACACGAGAUUGAUAUUUACUGUUGCUGGAGGAGACGAGGACAUCCGAAGUGCACCCGUCGAUCUUCAAGUUUUUAACCCGCUGAAGAUACAUCCACGCAACGGUACUAUUCUCAUAAAAUCUCAUUUGCAAGUUGUAGCCACUGGUGGACCUCAUCCAGAUACCAACAUAGAAUUUACCGUUAUCAAUCCAAAUAAAGUCCAAGUGAUGGAAAUUAAUAACAAGGGAGUUGUGGUCGGGCUAAACUCUGGAACCGCUAAAAUAACUGCCAGAGCCGUUGGAAUGCAUCCAACCACCGGUAAAAAAAUCGUAUAUUCCGAGGACACAGUUGAAAUGAGUGUGGUACCACUUCAAGGCAUAAAAUUGAAAAUUCCUGUCACAAGAUUUCAAGUAGGUGCUGUUGUACCAGUUUGGUGCUUUGGAACUCCCGGUGAUAUUUCUCCGUUAAUUUUGGGUACCAUAGAUAAUCCGCCUAUCAUAUACAAGUGGGAUGUUGUAGAUUCCCGCCUUGCUGAUUUUCAUCAAGUUAGUGGACUUUUUGGCUUUGAUUAUAAAAAUCAAGAUAAAGUAGUUUCGAGAGUAUAUGGACUUGCUCCUGGAAAAACACAAUUACAUUUAAAUGUUACUGUAAAUGGUCUAGUGGCGGGAAAACUUAAACUGGAUCUUAUUCAAUAUACUGCAUCCGUUGAAAUCGAAGUAAUAUUACCAUUUAAAUUCACAAGACCUAAGUAUUUAAUGGGAGAUGCGCUUUUAAUGCCCCCACAUUCAGAAAUACCACUACAAACUAACUUGGAUGGCGGUUUACAUGUUAUUGAAUAUACUCUUCCUGGCUCUGAUGCUCCAUCUACAGAGUUACUGGCAAAUGCGUCACAGGUUAUGACUAGUAGAGUUGUUACUGUAACUCCAAAUGGUCUUCUAAAGUCUUAUGGCACAUUAGGUCAUGCAAUGUUAAUAGUUGUGGCAACAGAUGAGUAUGGACUAAAACAACUUAUUAGCGUUAUUGUUGAGGUAAAACCAAUAUAUUACAUGUCAUUAAAAGUGCGAGCCAAUUGGCGAGUUCACUCAAACACGCCCUUAAGUUAUCUACCUCUCGGUACUGAAUUUACAUUAAAAGCAUCAUUCCACGAUAAAGUCGGCAAUAAGUUCGUAACUGGUCCGUUGGAUUUGAAAAUUAGAACCAGCAGAUGCGAUCUCAUAAAAAUUUCUGAUGGACCGGAAGUGUCGUCAGUACAAAUCAGCACAUUGAAACCUGGAAUAACGCUUAUUAAAGUCUGGGCGGAGGGUAUUCAAAAGACUGCAUCGUACGUUAAACUACAUGUUGAACAAUCUGUACAACCAGUAAUUGACGACCUAACUAUGGGCGAUAUAGUUUGCCUUUAUGCUCCUGUGAUAUCACAAUUUAACACUCCCGGAAUGUGGAGGUCCAGUGACCCGCAACUGGUUGAAAUCCAAUCAGAUUUAGACAUAGCAUUUGUUCAAAACAAAGAGGGUACAGUGGUGUUGACGCAUUCACUACUGGGCGCCAGCCCUUUGCAAAUUCAGGUACUGCCCAUCAGCGAAAUUGAAUUUUUCCCACCAGGAAAUCAGUUUUUAACAAAUGGUAAAGAAGAUACUACAUUUAGGGUACCAUUGGUUUUGCACAGCGAAAAAAGUGUCGGAAUGAAAACAAACAACUUGAUAGCUGGAUGGCGAUGCAGAGCCGAUGUGAGGGCCCAAGUUAGACCGACACAUUUCUCAUGCUUCGCUAAAUUCGCCAACGAAUCCGUUGAGGUACAAGUAGAAGAUCUGUUUAACGUUUCCAACAGUUUUGUCCCUGAUACCGGUUCUUACGCUUGCAAGUUCGUAAGUUUGGGAAUAUAUAAUAAGGACGUAGCAGUUUUGAAUUCGGAAGUGUUGAUGUGGGUCGAAACUUCCGACGGUGGUUUAGUAUCACAGACAUUGUCUUUGAAGUUUGCGCCUCGAAUAUUUAUACCUGAAGAGAUUGUGAUUGGUGAGAACGGUAACACAGCAACUUUUGAGAUUGUAGGACUAGAGUCAAUAUUGAAACAAAUUAAGGUGACACCUGCGGACAGCAGUAUUUUAUAUGUCGAUCAAGGCACAUUUGAAAAUCCAACUUUAGUCAAAUAUAAAGUUCAACUUAUUGAUUAUCACUGGAGAUUAGCUGACUUAGAAGAUGCUAUGGGAAUAAACGUAUUUUCUCCAUCAACUAAACAAGAUGAAAAGAUUAUCGUCAAAGUAGCAGGUACAUUGUCGCUACAAAUGUGUACUGGGGUUGGAUCACCUUUAUUGAACUUCUUUUAUUUAUAUAAGUUCCCCAUAUUAAUGAUUCUCACCAUGCUUUUGGUGUUCUUCCUUACUUUCUACUUUUAUUCACACUACAUGCAGCCUAUAGUUAAUGUUAACGUAAAUUCGACAAGACCUGUUAUAAAUACAUGUGCAGCUAAUAGGGCUAGACUAUCAGCCAGUCCCAACUGUAAUAUUAAUCAGUCUCCCUCUCCUGCACAAUCUCCAUCCAACACAUCAAGAUGUAGCAAUCCGUCGGUGUGCAGGCGAAUAAAUUGUUCUUGUCAAAGUCCUAAUAAAGCUCCAAUAUACGGAGAUACAAGUUCAUUCUAUUCAAACAGUCCAGAAAUCCGUAGGAAUCGACGUUUAAUGUAAUAUGUAAAAAUGUGUGACGAUGUUAUGAAUGAAUCUUAAUGAUUGUAUAUAUGUAAUUUUGUACAUAACUCUUUGAUAUUUUUGUAUGCAAAAUGCAUGAUUAUGAAAAUUUAUGUUGAUUUUAUAUUCUCAUCAGAAGUACAAAAUAAACUCGUGGUCUAAUGA